UGGGGCCAUUCAGGGGCAGCAGAUGCAUGCGUGCGCGCGUGCACGGGGAGGGCGGUAGCGUGCCAUGUUGACGACGGACGCGAGCGACUGGAGAGGCAACAUGUCCACCGCACCCGCCGAGCAGAUAAACAACAAUGAAGAACCGGGACUCAACGGGUCCUGGGUGGAGCUGGAAAUGAAUGGAAACACUCAACAGCAGAACCUCAGUGUGCCCUCCGUGCUGGGGAACGGGAAUGAAGGCGAGAUCCAGGCCUCACAGGCCCUAGAGCCUGUGCAGGAGGAAGAGGAGGCUCUUACAGGAGGACUGGAGCACGUACCAUCAUCAUCCUCUAUCCAUAAUGGAGAUAUGGAGAAAAUAUUACUGGAUGCUCAGCACGAGUCUAGCCCCAGUAGCUCCUCCUGCAACAGCCCACCGCGACCUCACACGCCUGAGCAGGAUGAAGGCCAGAUCAUGUUUGAUGUGGAAAUGCCCAGCGAGAGAGACUGUCAGUCAGAGGAUGAUGGUUUGGAAAAGGACAGAGAUGAUGAUAUUCUCAUGAAUAAAGGGGAGAGUUGGGUGGCUGACUGGUCCAGUCGACCAGAAAACAUUCCCCCAAAGGAGUUUCACUUCCGCCACCCAAAGCGUUCUGGAUCUGUGACUCUCAGUAUGAGGAAGACGGGUGCUAUGAAGAAGGGUGGUGUGUUUUCUGCAGAGUUUAUCAAAGUCUUUGUGCCCUCAUUGCUGCUCACCCACAUCCUGGCCUUGGGACUGGGGAUCUACAUUGGAAAAAGGUUGAGCACACCCUCUACCAGCUCAUUUUAAAUCGGAUCAGACCCUGGUGCCUGGACGCCCCAUCUUCAUGAGAGAAAAAGUGUAAAAGUAGUGGCCAAACGUGUGACAAAUUUUCUCUCUCUCUCUUUCAUCUUUCUCCUGUCUAUGGCUCUCUCUCACCCCACUGGCAUCUGGUGUUUGAUACUGUGGUCCUGAUUCACCAUGAAGUUCUCGCUGUCCUGCAGUUUUAACUUUCUGAUGCCGUGACUCCUUGACUCAUAUUAGAUGUUUUUAUUUCCCUUUUAAUUUGGAAAGGUACUACAUAUUUCGCUGACCUCCUGUGUUACCCGUUUGACAGUCAUAUAUCCCAAGGCAUUAUUGCACAUUUUUCUGUGUGACAAACUUUAUACACUGCAAAAAAUGAUUUUCAAGAAAAAAAAAUCUUAGUAUGUUUGUCUUGUUUUCAGUAAAAAUAUAAAAAACAAAUGUUAAAUAAA